UCGAAGGCAAUAACACAUGGUUUGCCUCUUUAGAUUAUUCUCAAAUCAACCACUUCCCUAAUCAGUUAUGUUCUAAUGGGGCUUUCUUGGGUUCUCAUAUUUCCAAACACCUCCCUUUGGCUUGGCUCAUCUUCCUCUUUAUAUAGCUGAACCAACCAUAUUCUCCAUGAGAUCAUAUAAUGGCUACCCUAAACAAGCAAAUAAAAGGAUUCAAAUCCUUCUACAAGUCCCGUGAUGGAGCUCGCGAUACAGCGGCAUUCGAUCCUGCUCCGUUGGACAGAGUACCUGUUUAUAAGUAUAACUGGCUGGGUAGGAAAUCUAAGAAAGCAACUGAUCAGCAUGGCGGUCGGAGAGGAAUGGAGGGAGGAGGCGGUGGCGGGGACGGUGGCGAGGGAAUGGGGGGGAGAAAGCUGCUGGUUGUUGAGGGUAGGAAGUCAGUUUCCCAUGUGGAAACAAACUUGGCAUCAGUGGCUGCAUUUCUUCAAGUGAAGGUAUUGGUAUCAGACAUGCCUGAAAUGAUGCAGCUUCAAGCUUUUAGGUCUGCAAGGAGAAGUUAUGACAGCUUGGAGAAGUUCAGCUCAAAACACAUGGCUCACAGUAUUAAAAAGGAGUUUGAUAAAGUUCAUGGGCCGGCCUGGCAUUGUAUUGUGGGCUCAAGUUUUGGGUCAUUUGUGACCCACUCAACAGGUUGCUUCCUUUAUUUUUCAAUGGAGAAACUAUAUAUUUUGUUGUUUAGAACGAAGAUUCAGAAAGCUACUGAAUGAGUUCACAGAAUGAACCUAUGUAAAGAUCAAUAUACAGAAGUUAUUUUGUUCUUGUUGUUGCUCUUCUUCCCUGCCCCCACCCCUAUUUCUAUAAUUUUAUUUAUCCAGAAAUUUGUACAUGAUGCACAAAUUUCUCCUCUAUUUAUUGUAAUUCAAAAUAAAAGUUGGGAAA